AUGGAGGCCUACCUCGGGGGAUCGCUUGGAGACGGGUUCCGGGUCCCGGCCAACCAGUUGCGGUCCGUUUGGACGAAUGCCCGUAAGGCGUCCCGCCACUACAACGUCGCCUGGACCCUGGAUCCUGGCGGCGUUCGACUCACGUGCGGCGACGCAACCAUCACUCCGCUGCACUGGUGCCGCGUCAUGCGGACGCUGCGUGAGAUCCUGGCCAGAAAACGGGACCACGCCCUGCACGACCUCCCCAACCAAGGGAAGGUGCUGGCCUGCGUGGCGGCUGAUCGCGCCAGUUCCCUCUUUAUGCGGACGGGCGCCUUCACCACCUUCGCGGACUGGCGGUUCGUACACAGGGCCCGCCUGAACCUGCUCCCACUCAACGGCGCUCGCAUGUGGGGCGCACCGGACAGAGACCAGCGGUGCCGUGUCUGCGGGUACCUAAAGGAGACGCUGCCGCAUGUGGUGUGCCACUGCAUGCCUCGCAGUGCGCUCUACCAGGCCCGCCACAACGCCAUCGUGGAUCGCGUCCGGACCGCCACCUCCCGCGAGUUCACGGUGGCCUUUGAAAACCGGGCCGUCGGAGACACGGGCCUGCGUCCGGAUCUCGUCCUGGUGCGUGGCGAAGAGGCUAUCGUCAUUGUCGUCACGUGCCCGUUUGAGAACACGCCGGACGCAUUCGAGAACGCCCGUAACGCCGAGCUGGCUCAUUACGAGCCGGUGGCGGCGUUUCUCCGUCGCCGGUACCAGCGGGUCAGCGUCGACGCCGUCAUUGUGGGGGCCCUCGGCGCUUGGAACUCUUAA